AACUGUUUUAGGAAGCUUGACACCGCACUAAAGAAGACAUUAAAAUUUUUUUUCUUAGUAUAUAAACUAAUAAAUAUCCUUUAAUUAGAUCUUCAUAUAUGAUCUGAUGUAUACGACCAUAACUUUCUGGUCAUUAGUUCAAGAUGUAUAAUGCUAUAGCUGUGAAUGUCUUAGGGACAGCUGGGACAAUAUUUUGGUGUAUUCAAUUGGUUCCCCAGAUCAUUAGAAACUAUAAGGUCAAAAAUUGUGAGGGUCUUCCUCCAUUAAUGUUGUUUCUUUGGGCAGCAAGUGGUGUUCCAUUUUCAAUAUACUUUAUAGGUACAGAUGGUAGUAUUCCAUUAAGAAUCCAACCUCAAUUAUUCACAUUUUUCUGUACUUUUACAUGGGCACAAUCGUUAUAUUAUCCUCCAUUUCAGCUUUCUCGUAAGAGAUUGUGGCUUUACAUUUCUGCAUUUGUCAUAAUUUCGGUUGCAUUAGAAGUUGGAUUUAUACUAUGGUUAAGACCACUUUAUCGUCGUGGUAUUCACUGGCCAAUGCUUAUUAUGGGUAUUAUCGCAUCUGUUUUGUUAGCAGCGGGAUUAGUUCCUCCAUACUUUGAAUUGGCAAAGCGUAAAGGACGUGUCGUGGGUAUUAAUUUCAUAUUUUUAUUCAUGGAUUCAAUGGGAGCAUUAUUAUCCAUGUUAAGUAUUGUUGUUGGUACUUUUGAUGUCAUGAGUAUGGUACUUUAUGCUAUUGUCUUGGCUAUGGAAAUUGGAAUAGCAGUAAGUCAACUUGUGUGGUAUUUAAGAAUAGGUAAAAGAAUCUUAAAGGAAGAGAAAUUACUCGCCCUUGAAAAUGAAUCUACUAUCGAAAAGUCUGAAGAAGAAUAUUCCCUGGAUGAUGUUGUAGUUAUUGAAGACCUAGAAACUAAGAAGUCAGAAGAGGUGUAGGCAAAUAAUAGUCAAAAAUUCGUAUCCUCGAAUAAUGUGUCUCUUACUAGAGAUCAUGUAUCAUAGUUCAACAUAAUAGUGUAACAUAGAUAGACGUUUAUAGAUGUCUUAUAUACAGUUUAAUAUAAUUUAAUUUAAUGGCAUUAGAUAAA